AUGAUAGGAUCAAAGGCCAGAAAGCUGCCGAAUUCCAUGGACCAAUCUCAGGAGAUGCAAAGCUUCGGUCAGACAGCAAUCCCAGCAGCAAAGUACAGAGAAUUACAUGACGACCAGUCGCGAGGAAUGAACCAAAACGACAGCAAAGUGGGCCAGGAGCUGGCGCUGUCCGAUGCGCUCGGUGAAAAUCUCAGCAACAAGUUCACUGCGCACAAGAGCCCCAGAGCAGUGGCUACGGAAAAGAAGUCGCAUGUGCAUGCAGAGUUCAUCUUUCACAAGCACGUGAACACAUCUUUUUAG